AUGACGUGUACCACGAGCCUCAGCUACGACUUCGGGUUUGCCGAUGUUGAUGGUUUUGAGUAUGACAUGUUGAUGAUCGCGAGGGCCUCGGGGUGCAUAAACAUGAUCAAUCGUUAUAUUGGACGCUGGUUCUUUGCGCGUGGAGCCGGCCAGCCCCGGUAUCGUCUGGCGAUCUUGGAGUAUGCCUCGGUACGUUCCGCUAGCGAACCCAUAGGGACUUCGGUCAGCGAGUUCCAUUACACAAAAACUACCUGGGUGUCUGUUGAUUUGCAUCUUACCGUCCAAGCUUGCCCAGGGCUCCUGGACAAGAACGACGUCGAUCCGAUCCCUCCAGCAUAG